AUGGCGAACAGUCUCGUAGGGUUGGACGAUUUCCAUAUUGGUAAUCAUAUCAAGGACCCCCCAUGGGCUCUCUUUGAGAUGGAUCUUGUGGAGGAAGAUGACGAAACUUUAGCGGGGAAUCUAACUUCUUACCAAUUCGGCAUCCCCUCCACCAUAGGUGAAACUGUAGCGGAAGAUACGCUCGGCUGUGCUGGUCCGCUUGGGGGUAGCAAUGAUGAGUGGAAGCGGACCGAUAGCGAUGCGCCUUUGGAUAUGAAUGAUCCAACCGUAUUGAACGAAUACGGUGCCCUAUUUCUCUUCGUUAAUAACCCAUCGGUUCACCAACUUGACCUUGAAAAUUACGACUCAUCUAAGCAGGCCAUCGUUCGGGCUCUUGCGGCCAAAUUUAAUCUUGAGUACUCUUACGAUAUAUUUCUCGGGUCAAUUCGACUUCGCAAGGAAACUUACGAAGAAGCUUUGAUACAGCGCGAUCAACAACAAAAGAUAACCUCGAGAGUCAUCCCUUCAAUUUCACCUCAAAUUUCUACGUUAUCUCCACAAUGGAGGCCGGGUGGCGUAGAUAAAAGACAGCAUGAUAACCCUUCUAACGCAAAUAGAUCAUCUCCGUCGCUAAAAAAUGGCACUGCUAUGGACAUCGAUACUACAUCUAGCGAGUUCAACUUUGGAAAUUUCGACUCCUGGAGGGAAGCUGGAGACUAUUCCUUGGCUACUCCGCAGUACCAAGCUCUUUCAGAGGACGAGCAAGAUCAAGUGAGCCCGCAACUGGCUCCAAAUCAACAACAGCGUGGCCCCUGGGUCGGACUAUCUCGCACGCUGAAAGAGGUCGGGGCUUGUUGGAGAUGUAAGAUACUUCGAAAGAAGUGUGGUCCUGAUCAACCUUGCAAGGCAUGCCCUAGGCCUGGAACGAACGGUUCUCGUUGGCAAAAUAUAGGGUGCAAGCGCGGUACUCUUUUUGAUCACACCUCUCAAAUCUCUGUGUGUCCGAAGGCCAAUCCACCUAAUGACGUCGGCAAUGACGGUACAUCUGAUGCAUUGCGACGGGUAUCGUGCUCGGGUCUUUAUAGGGUUAAGCUGUGCCUCCAAGAUGCCGCAAACCGUCUUGACAACGUUUUUGCUCCUGGGAAUGACACAUACACGAAAAUCGUACUCGAAAUUCUCUGUCCGUCUAUGCUGGUCACGACCAGCACAUCACCAUCCCAACGACAUGAUGUUGGGGGCAAUGUUAUUCAUAUAGCCUGGGGGCUCAUCGAAGUGGCUUCUAUCAAGGAAAUAUUACAUAUAAAGUCCAUGGAAAAUGCUCUCGAUAUCAUAAAAGCCGCCGUCGCCUAUGAAACCGAGUAUGGCCUAUCUCAAGCUAUACCACUAGCUAUCGAAUGUCUUCGAAACUGCAUUGAUAUCUUACGAUUGCACGAUGGUGGCUAUCUAAUAUCUGAACUACAUGACGAUUGUACUACUAGCAUGUGUCAAGUAGAGACCUUCCAGGACCUUAGCUCUAACGUCAAGGCGUACAUUGAUGAGCUUUCAAAGGUGAUAUUCAGGAAGGAGAAUCGGCUCCAAGAGAAAAGAUGGUGGUUAUCGGUUUUCUAUAGCCUCUGGAUCCAGCACCAUGUCCGACAAACGAUCAGGUUUAUCGAAAUCCAAUCUAAAACUCCACUCCACCCAGAGAUGAAAGCAGCUUGCUCAACUUACCUGCUACUUGCGUUGGAUCUUUUCGAUGCAACAUCUACUUCAUUCGAUCCACUGGCUUCAACAUGGUCUCUUGAAGAAGAGCCGCCUAGUAUGGAUUUAAAACUCAUGAAGUAUUAUCGACUUGCCCAAAAGUCACUAAGCGAACAGUGGGAAUUCGGUACCGGCGGAUCUAUAGGCUUUCUGAGGUGCCUGUAUUCUGAUAUGGACACACCCUUGAUCAGUAAUCGAAGAGGAGACUUACCUCUAUCCCCUGCAGUGGGAGGUCAUAGCAUUCUUAACCCCAGGAUGUUUUCUCAAUCGCAAAAGUCGUACGAACGGAGGUUUUCGGUUCCAGUGAGGACUGCAAAACGACGCGCAGGAUCACCGUUACAGGAGACAGGGUUUAUCCGACGCAACGGCAGUUCCUCCAGUAUGCUUGACGGCCGGGAUAUUCGAAGCCGAGGCAUAUCGAUAGCCAACCCGGGAUCUCCGAUGUCACCUGCAUAUUCUUUUGCGUAUGGUACCAGCGGCUCGACUAGAUGGAAUGGCAGUGGAGACAGCCUGGCGGAAAUGGCUAAGCUUGGAACUAGUCCUCCAAAUUAUCGAGAUCAACUUGACUAUUUAAGCCCCUCAAAAAGUCACAUACCAUCUUUACACCAUAAAAGCAGUACCGAGAGCUUUCUCGAACUACCCAGGACAUUAAACAAGCGGCGGUCUGCAAGAUACCCGUCUAAAGGCGGGAUCCAAGAAAUAUUCAUCUGUGAAUGUUGCCCUAAGAAACCGAAGAGGUUCGAGAUUUUGGAAGAGCUAAGGUCUCAUGAAGCUCAGAAGCAGUAUCAGUGCAGUUUCUGUGGCAACCGCUUCAAGUCGAAGAACGAGGCCGAGCGCCAUCAGAACAGUCUCCAUGUACGACGGCACGCCUGGUCAUGCUCGAGCUUACGAUUGAGGUAUACCGACAUCUUCCAAGAGAGCACCACUCAGCCAGGAAAAGCCGAUACCUGCGGGUACUGCGGGGAAGACUUCCCUCGUAGCAGAGCAGGUAUCGCGGGGAUGCAAGCUACCGAGAAGGAUUGGGAGGAAAGGUUAAAUCAUGCGACAGAAGUCCACAAGUUUAGGGAGUGCAACGCGUCGAAGGAAUUCUAUCGGGCAGAUCACUUCCGCCAGCAUUUGAAGCAUUCCCACGCUUCUAUUUCGGGGAGGUGGACAAACGCGCUUGAGAGCGUUUGUAUGACUGAUAUCCCUGGACCGAACGGAUCAGGGGAAGGCCUUUGA